GCUGGUAAUCAUGAUACAUAAUUUCCCCCCAUUCAUCUAACUCGGCGUUAUUCAUUUGCAUUGCCAUUGCACAUCCAUUCCAUCUCCUGCCAGAUUUUCUCUCCGCCCGCCGCUUUAUGAUCGUGCUGCAUUGACAAACGCCGGAUCUAUUAUUUGCCUGCUAGGCUAAUGAAAGAGAGGCAGUGAAUCUGAAAUUCGUCUGGGGAUUUGACUGUGAUUCCUGGAGAUAAAAAAUUUGCUUCCAUGGACACAAAGAUGAAGAAGCCCUGUGGAUUCACCUCUCUCUUGUCAUCAGCUGUUUGCGAAUGGUUCUUAAUGUUCUUGCUGUUUGUCGAUGCAACACUGUCAUAUUUGCUCACAAAAUUUGCUCAGUAUUGUGAACUGAAAACGCCUUGUCUGUUAUGCACGAGGCUCGACUACUGUCUCGGGAAGAAGAAGCCUGGAUUUUAUUGGAAUCUAUUAUGCAGCAGCCAUAGAGACGAGAUUUCUAUGUUAGUAUCUUGCUCGGUCCAUGGAAAAUUCGCCGAUGCUAAUGAGAUGUGCGAAGAAUGUCUCGCGCCGCAUCUUAAACAGGAUAAAUUCAGUUGCGAAUCCUAUAGGUUGCUCGUAGGCAAGUCAUUGCUGGAUGUCGACAAAUCUGUUUUACAGUACCUGAUGGCGAAUAAGAACGUGCAGAUUGGCUGCCGGGAGCGUAGGAUCUGUUCUUGCUGCGGAAAGUCAUGGAAGGCGAAAACAAAUGCUGAAAGAUUGCUUGAAUUUAAUUCGGUUGCUAAUGUCGCGGCUAAGGCUAAUCUCAAGCCUCCUCUGCCUCGCGUGCCAGGUCGCAGCCGUUUCAGUCGUAGAGAAAGCUUGAAGAGAUUAAGGAAUAAGGUCUCUGAGAAGUCGUUGACGGCUGGAAACAAUGGCGCCGAGAGAUUUUCUCGAUUGGGCCAUGGGAAGAGGAAAAGUUCAUACCAUUCUGAUACAGAGGCUUUACUCUCUGAGGAUGAAGGGGAUGGAAGAAUUCGCCAUUGCGAAACCCAUAGCGAACCGGAUUAUGAUGCUCAAGGCGACGUAAGUGGUCUGCAAACUCCCGUUGUCGAUGAAUCUGCUUUCGAGGAGUCGACUCAUCAAGAUUGUGGUGCAAGAGCUCUUAAUCUUGAACAAAAUCAUUUGCUUGAUUUAAGCGCGUGCAAGAAAUUAAACGCUUUGAAGCCUGGUGCCGUAAAGAAGAUCGGUUGUAGAGAUAGAGACCGUAGUUCGGAUAAAUCUUACAGCAAGCGCAGUUCAUCUUCGGAGCUAAUAUCAUUAAACGGCGGUAAUAAAAAACCCGAUCUUGCAGGAGAUUUUCGUGCUGUGUCGAAAGAGGCUUCUCCACCGAAUGCGAAUGCUGCUGCGGGAGCUCUACGCAGCUCUCAUUUGUUGGAGACGAAGAAUAAUACGCAUCGAUCCGAUGCUUUGAUUCAGAGCGUCGAAGCGACAGAAUCAUCGAAUAAACAAGAAUCGAUUGCAGUAGAAGAUUCUAGUUCUCAGGAGCUUCCAGUUUCAGAAAUAUCGAAGAAGACGACGACGGACUCAAGCGACGAAGCUUCGGAUGGGAUUGGCGCAAUCGAAGGUGACGGAGACGGAACCCUCGAGAAACUGAAAUCUCAAAUCGAGCUCGAUCAAAGCUACAUAAACUCGCUACUCCGGGAGCUUGACGAAGAAAGAAAUGCUUCCGCCAUUGCCGCUAACCAGGCCAUGGCGAUGAUCACGAGAUUGCAGGAGGAGAAGGCGACGCUUCACAUGGAGGCGUUGCAGUACCUACGAAUGAUGGACGAGCAAGCUGAGUACGAUAUGGAGGCGCUGGCGAAGGCCAACGAUCUCCUCGCCGAAAAGGAGAAGGAAUUACAGGACAUGGAGUACGAGCUCGAUUUCUAUCGAGAAUACGGCGACGAAGAUCAAGCCCCCGGUGCUUCGAAAAACGCUAAAACCGUUGCGAAAUCCAACGGAAACGGCGCCCUCAUCAACGGCGCUGUUUCUUCCCUCGACGAAUCGAAAGCCUACAUUUCGGUAUCUCUCAAAAAGCUCGAGAAGAAGCUCCAGCAGGUCUACAUUAGCGGGAAGUUGGAGGAGACGUUCAACGGAGUAAGCAACGACAAGGUUAAAGUCGAGGCAAACGGGCAUCUUCAUGAAAAGGUAACAUCGAAUCAACGGGAUAUGGACUAUGCGAAUUUGUCGCAGGAAAUCACGGUGCUUCGCGGGAGAUUGGAAGCGGUCGAGACCGACUGCAAUUUCCUCAAAGCUACGGCAGACUUGCUCCGACACGACAAAGAUGGAUUGCGAUUUCUCCAUGACGUAUCGCAACAACUACAGGAGCUGCGUAAGAUCGAAUUCAGCAAGAGAUGAACGAAAAACCGGCCUCUGGAUCUGCUGCGCCGAUGAUCAUCGACAUUGUAGAAGUAAGGUGUGCUCGAUCUCUCGACUUUACAUUAUACGGUUAUUUUCUUCCUCGAAGCAUGAAUAGGGCUAUCGCUACGCUGAAUCAAUAUAUUUAGCAUGGUGAUAAUAACAAUUCAAAUAUAGCCGAGGGCGACAGCUACAGUGUUGAAUUUCAGCAUUGUACUGAUAGCACACCGCUGUACAUACAAAUACAACACAUGAACUACCAACACAUGCUAUAGUCUUAUACAUCACAAACAUUAAUUGAUCUCAGCACACAUAUACUGUUAUACAACACACUUGUAAUUAUGAACAACACAAAUACAAUAAAUGACCUAACAACACAUGCUAUAAUCUUAUACAACACAAACAAUAGUUGAUUUUAGCACAUCGCAUAUUGUUAUAUAACACAUUUAUAAUUAUGAACCGACAACACCUGUCUUUAUUAUACACACGCAUGUUGUGUAUAAUAAGAUUGUGUGUUGUGGUAUAUAUUACGGUUGUUGAUUGAAAAAAUGUUGUGUAUAAUAAAGACAUGUGUUGUUGGUAUAUAUCACGGGUCAGUAUGGUGCUGAUUUUUACAAUUUAGCACCCUAACUAUUCCUAUAGCCCGGUUAUAUAUAAUAAAUAAGGCGGUAGCUACAGUGCUUAAUUCAGCACUAUGUAGAACAAUACGCAAUUUACUGACAAACAUCACACGGUAUUAUUAAUUGACAAUACAUCAAAACAUAACG